GUCACACAAGUUCCCUGCACCCUUUCCCCAGGUCCUAGCCAGGGUUGCCAUGGCCUCCCUAUUCUCUGGUCGAGUUCUGAUCCAAAACAACAGUGACCAGGAUGAGCUGGAUACAGAGGUGGAACUCAGCCGCAGGCUGGACAACCGACUGGUGCUGCUGUUCUUCGGGGCUGGGUCAUGCCCUGAGUGCCAGACCUUUGCACCAGUCCUCAGGGACUUCUUCAUUCGGCUCACGGAUGAAUUCUAUGUGCUUCGGGCAGCUCAGAUAGCCUUGGUGUAUGUGUCUCAGGACACCACAGAGGAGCAGCAGGACCUGUUCCUCAGGGACAUGCCCAAAAAGUGGCUCUUCCUGCCCUUCGAGGAUGACCUUAGGAGGGACCUCGGACGCCAGUUCUCGGUGGACCGGCUGCCGGCUGUCGUGGUGCUCAAGCCCAGCGGGGACGUGCUCACGUGCGACGCGGCGGACGAGAUCCGGCGCCUGGGUCCCGCCUGCUUCGCCAACUGGCAGGAGGCGGCGGAGGUGCUGGACCGCAGCUUUCUGCAGCCGGAGGACCUGGACGACCCCGCGCCGCGCAGCCUCACGGAGCCGCUGCGCCGCCGCAAGUACCGCGUGGACUGGGGGGUGCGGGGAGCUCGCGGCCGGCGUGGAGGGGGUGGAGGGGGCGACUCCGGGGCGGCAGGCGGAGCCGGGGAGCUGUUCUGA